CUUUGCUAGACUGGCAGUGGCGAAGAAGGUUUGUAGCGGCAGCAUGAAGCGGACUCAGACUGCCGAGGAACGAGAACGUGAAGCUAAGAAACUGAGGCUUCUUGAGGAGCUCGAAGACACUUGGCUUCCUUAUCUGACCCCCAAAGAUGAUGAAUUCUAUCAGCAGUGGCAGCUGAAAUACCCCAAACUCGUCCUCCGAGAAGCCGGCGGCGUCCCCGAGCAGCUCCACCGGGAGGUCCAGGACGCCUUCGGGGCCCUGCACAAGCACGGCUGCCUGUUUCGGGACCUGGUGCGGGUCCAGGGCAAAGACGUGCUCACGCCGGUCUCGCGCAUCCUCAUCGGCAACCCCGGCUGCACCUACAAGUACCUGAACACCAGGCUCUUCACCGUCCCCUGGCCCGUGAGGGGCUCCGCCGUGCACUACCACGAGGCGGAGAUCGCGGCCGCCUGCCAGGCCUUCCUCAAGCUCAACGAGUACCUGCGCAUCGAGACCAUCCAGACCUGGGAGGAGCUGGUGGCCAAGGACCGAGCGAACAUCGACGUGGUGCCUGUGUGCAUAGGGCCGGAUUUCCCCCGGGUGGGCUUGGGCGCCUUCGACGGGCAAGACGAAGUGGACAUUAGGAACAGGUCCGCGUACAACGUGACUUUGCUGAACUUCAUGGAUCCGCAGAAAAUGCCCUACCUGAAAGAGGAGCCGUAUUUCGGCAUGGGGAAGAUGGCGGUGAGCUGGCACCACGACGAGAACCUGGUGGACAGGUCGGCCGUGGCGGUGUACAGUUACAGCUGUGACGGCCCCGAGGAGGACAGCGAGGAUGACCCUCAGCUCGAAGGCAGAGACCCUGAUGUCUGGCACGUGGGCUUCAAGAUCUCCUGGGACAUAGAGACCCCUGGCUUGGCCAUACCCCUUCACCAAGGAGACUGCUACUUCAUGCUGGAUGAUCUCAAUGCCACCCACCAACACUGUGUUUUGGCCGGUUUACCACCUCGGUUUAGUUCCACCCACCGAGUGGCAGAGUGCUCGACCGGGACCUUGGACUACAUCCUGCAGCGCUGCCAGUUGGCUCUGCAGAAUGUCCGUGAUGGCGCAGGCAGUGGUGAUAUUUCUUUGAAGUCCCUGGAGCCCGCAGUUUUGAAACAAGGAGAAGAAAUCCACAAUGAGGUGGAGUUCGAGUGGCUGAGACAGUUUUGGUUCCAAGGCAACCGCUACAGCAAGUGCACCGACUGGUGGUGCCAGCCCAUGGCGCAGCUGGAGGAGAUGUGGAGGAAGAUGGAGGACGUGACAAACGCGGUGCUUCGUGAAGUUCGAAGAGAGGGGGUCCCCACGGGAGUCCGGAAUGAGACCUUGACCGCCAUCCUGGGCCCGCUCAGCACGCGCCAGAGCCUGCGGAGGGAGUGGCACGCCAGGUGCCAGUGCCGCACGGCUCGGACCCUGCCCGCGGACCAGAGGCCCGAGUGCCGGCCAUACUGGGAGCAGGACGACCCUGCGAUGCCCCUGCCGUUCGACCUCACGGACCUCGUCGCGGAGCUCAGGGGCCUGCUUCUGGAAGCGAAGCCCGAGAAGGAGCGCAAGGCCUAGGUGGAGGACCAGAGGGGAGCUUCCGGCUCCUCUCCACCAUCGCCGUCCGGGGCGGGGGG